AGUUUAUACAGUUACAGCUUUGCAGAAGUGCUUGAGCGUCAAGACCGUUUGAUGCAAGUUGAACAAUAUCAUGCUGGUAAUUUUGCAACGACGAAGACGUGCAACAAAACAGCUGAGAAGAGCUCUCAUGUGUGUCCAACAUGCUAACAGCAGGCCUACGGAAGACGGAACGGCAGCUAAUAUCACUGAGGAUAUCCUGCGCACACUGUCUAGAGAUGACAUUAGGGAUCUCUUUCCUGGUCCAGAGCACUUUCUUCGACGAAAAGAUGUUUGGCUCAAAAUCCACGUGGAGGACCAUGUGGAUGAGGACCCCUCUGCAAUGGCUAGGUCAUCAACGGCUCCAUGUGAUGUCGUGUCUCCCAGCAAUGUUUUAAAAUUCUCCAGUAUGCAGUAUGUUAUCUUUACUGACAGUGAGCUUGAGCAGGUGAGACGUUCAUAUUUUGAGAAGCAGAGACUUGGAAAAGAACAAGAGGUCACUUUGUCGAAGGAGCUUUACUGCCGCCUCGUCCGAAACACAAUGACAAACAUGAUAGCCAUUGCCCGUGCAUCUCAGGACUCCCGUUAUCCAACAAAACAUGAGGUCACUUCCAUGGCUAAGCGUCUAGUAGAGUAUUACCCAAUGAUAAAGGACAACUCAUCAGACAGUGUGUGGGAAGAUGUGUCUAAGAGACUCAUGAAGAGACUAUCAAACAUUAAAAGUCCUGUCAAAUCCAAAGCCCCACCUGCCAAGAAGCAGCGCCCAGAUGGGGAUGCUGAUGAGAGUCUUAGCUCUAGCAUCAGUGAUUGUGAUUCCAGCGCUUCUACAGUCAUCUUGGAAACAUCACUCAGGGCGAGUACCCCGAAAAGAGACGACCAAGUAUCACAACUGGGGGACAGCGAAGAUGAGCCAUACACACUCACAGUUCCUGAGCUUAUGGAUAGAGAGAAGACGCAGGCGCAGCAUCAUCACACACUGCAGAUGAUGUUUAAGUCGAAGAAGCCUAAUAAGGCUGCUGUCUCACAACUGCUUAACCUAGAGUUUUCAGCCCGUAGAAAGUUUAUUGAUUCGGAUACCAUCAGAGAGCAAGAUAGGCCUGGCAAGAUACUUGAGGCCUACCCAUGCUUCCGGGAUCUUGACCAUAUCAUGGAUGAGUUUCGUCGAAUUGUUGAAAAGGACAACAUUGACUUCUUGAAAGACUUGAGAGAAAGAUGGGAUUCGUUCUAUGGUAAGGUCCAAUACUAUGGAGUGGUGAAGCAUGUAAUGAAGGCCCCCCUGACCAUGGACGGCGUUGAACAUGCCAUCGCCGUCUUCACCGCUUUACCGCAGCUCUUUCCAUCAAACUCGAAGGCGCGCAGCCAAAUUGAGGCAAUUUUCCACGUUUUAACGCCCUCGGAGAAUCCGGACGCUUUCCUGCGCACACAAGCAUACCCAGUUGUCCUGUUGGGAGAAGAAAACUGCCUUCUCGCCAUUGGAGCAACAACAUUGUGCACGUUUCCACGCAAGAAAUUUCACGAAACGCUGCUUUACCUCAUGGGCUGCUACUACGUUUUCCACCUACGUUAUCCAAAGACAAUCUGCACACUGCUCUCGGUGAUACAGACUGAAGUGGUCGGGGACACACUCCAUGAUGGCGAUGUCACCCCUUCCUACAGGAAGGCCAUUGGAGAGUGGAAGGCCUUCUCAGAAUGAAUAGGUGUUAAACUGACACUCUUUCACAUGUUCUAUUCCUCUUUCUAUGUUUCUUUCCCCUUCUUCUCUUUCAUCUCUCUCUCCCUCCUUUGUUCCCCUACUCUCUGUCUUCCCACCCCAAACUCUCUGUCCCUCUUUCUCCGUCUCUGUCCACUCUCCCUCUUUCUCUAUCUGUCAACUGCUCAGUCUUGCUAUCUCUUUUUAUCUCUGUCCCCUUCCUCUUUCGAUCUUUCUCUGACUCUCUUUCUCCUUCAAUUCUCUCUUCCUCCCCUUUCUCUUCUCUUCUUCCUCACCUCUUUCUACAUCUCUCCCUCCCUUCCUCUCUCUUUAUCUCUUUUUAUCUCUGUCCCCUUCCUGUUUCUAUCUUUCUCUGACUCUUUCUCCUUCAAUUCUCUCUUCCUCCCCUUUCUCUUCUCUUCUGCCUCACCUCUUUCUACAUCUCUCCCUCCCUUCCUCUCUCUUUACCACUCCCAGCCUAAUUAAGCAUCAUGGAGAUUGUUUUAUUGUGGGGUUCUUGUUUGUUUGUUUUUGUUUUUCCUUCAGAAAAAACUGUUAAUGUGAAUCUGUUGUGAUGAGAGUUUGCCUGCCCCAACCUGUUCACAUGUUGGUUUAAAAGUGAUCAUUGAUGUACUUUGAUACUCCAAGAUCAUAGUGAAAGUUUGCUUUUUGUGGCAUGUGUGCCCUACGAGAUAAUACAUGGUUUGUGACCAACUGUGGUAAGAAGUAAAACAGCCUAAAAUUCAGCUUGUGCACUGCAUUGAUGGUAGCCCAUAUUGUCUCAUUUCAAGAUCAUUUUACUCACCAUGUUCUUCUCAAUACAAGAGGGAAUUUCUGAAUAUAAGCACCACAAGCUAUUUGUACAGGCUAAUAUCAAGCAAAACAUUCUUAUUUACUGUUUUUUGAUUCAAGACUUAUUGUCUACUAUAAGCAAAUGUCCCUUCUUUCCAGCAAUAAAAGCUUGUGA